AUGACGGAGCUUGCGCAGAGCACCCUGAAUGCGCUGAAGGACAUGAUGGAUCAGUCGGUCAGGCAGGGGGUCGAGCCGGUGAAAAAGGACAUCCAGGCCCUAACAACUAAGGUGGACGACCAUACCAAGCGAAUCGAGAAGCUUGAGUCGGCAUCUCGAUCGCCGGGGGCAGAUGCGUCAUCUUCGGUGGGGUUGGGAAACCAGCAGGCGUCCAAAGGCUUCAUCCCCACAUUUUUCAACAUCGAACACUUCAGCACCUACGACGAUCGGAAGACGCUGGGAGUUUCUCGUUUAGAGGCCGAGGAGUUUUUGAGUAGGCUUAAGGAGAAGUUGCCGCAGUCGCUCCAGGAGAAGGUCGGGGACUUCGAAUGCUUCGGGAGCAAAUCAAACAAGAUCAAAGUUCAUGUGCAGCCCCCGUACGCGGUUGAGAUUUCAUUGAUUUUCAAAGAUUUCUUGCAGGACGAGGAUUUCAAAUACAAGGGGCGCUCUUUGUGGACGGCUGUGGAGAGAUCCCCCCUUGAACAGGUCAAAUACGAGAAAGUUGGAAAGGCAAAGGCCACUGAAAAGACGCAGAGCAAGGGGAACGGGAAGGAGGUGGAGAUGGGCGUGGUGGACGGGAACGGGGACGUCACCUGGGACGAAAUGAACGUCAAGGCGGCGUUCGGCAUUACCGGGGAGCAGAUGAACAAGGAGCUCCGCGCCUUCCGGCGCGGGUGA